GGCAGCAUCGCAGCCCCACCGCCGCGGCUGGGAGGAUACAACGAUUCCGAUCAGGGUUGCCGUUGCCAACGAUGCAAUGCCUCGUUUUACAGAUGAACCACCGGGCAUAGGCACCCUCUGAGUGCCGCGGUCACCUCCUCGUCUUCCCCGACAGUUUGCGAGAAGCUUCAGUAGAGAGCACCCGUUGGAGCCAGGGCACCCGGUAGAGACCGGACUCGGGGGCUUUAUGUUUACCGAAGCUGGAGAGGAAGCUGGAGCCAUGGGUUUCUCCUUCAGCCUUCGAUGAACUGAACUAAGCUGGACCCGCACAACUCAGCCAACCCGCCCCGGCCUGCAGUGGGGGCCCCCCUCACCCCGUCGCCCUCUCCAGCUAUGGCAGGCUUCAAGCGGGGCUACGAUGGCAAGAUCGCCGGCCUGUACGACCUGGACAAGACGCUGGGCCGCGGCCACUUUGCCGUGGUCAAGCUGGCGCGCCACGUCUUCACCGGGGAGAAAGUGGCGGUGAAGGUGAUCGACAAGACCAAGCUUGACACCGUGGCCACGGGCCACCUCUUCCAGGAGGUCCGCUGCAUGAAGCUGGUCCAGCACCCCAACAUUGUGCGCCUGUAUGAAGUGAUAGACACCCAGACCAAGCUUUACCUCAUUCUGGAGCUAGGCGACGGAGGGGAUAUGUUCGACUAUAUCAUGAAACACGAGGAGGGUCUGAAUGAGGAGCUGGCGAAGAAAUAUUUUGCCCAGAUCGUCCACGCCAUCUCCUACUGCCAUCGGCUGCAUGUGGUGCACAGGGACCUCAAGCCGGAGAAUGUGGUGUUCUUCGAGAAGCAAGGGCUCGUCAAACUCACCGACUUUGGAUUCAGCAACAAGUUUCAGCCGGGGAAAAAGCUGACAACUAGCUGUGGAUCUCUGGCGUACUCGGCACCUGAAAUCCUGCUCGGCGAUGAGUAUGAUGCUCCAGCCGUAGAUAUCUGGAGUCUCGGUGUGAUCCUGUUCAUGUUGGUAUGCGGCCAGCCGCCGUUCCAGGAAGCUAACGACAGCGAGACUCUCACCAUGAUCAUGGACUGCAAAUACACCGUGCCGGCCCACGUCUCCAGCGCCUGCAAAGAUCUGAUAGACCGCAUGCUCCAGAGGGAUCCCAAGCGACGGGCCUCCCUGGAGGAGAUUGAGAGCCAUGCCUGGCUGCAGGGGGUCGACCCGUCCCCGGCCACCAAGUACAACACUCCCCUGGUCUCCCAUAAGAGCCUGUCGGACGAGGAACACAACAGCAUCAUCCAGCGCAUGGUGCUCGGAGACAUCGCCGACCGAGAGGCCAUAGUGGAAGCCCUGGAGACCAACAAGUACAACCAUAUCACAGCCACAUACUACCUGCUAGCAGAGAGGAUCCUGAGGGAGAAGCAGGAGAAGGAGGUCCAGACCCGCUCCUCCAGUCCCAGCAACAUCAAGGCCCACUUCAGGCAGUCGUGGCCCACCAGAGUGGACAUGCACCAGGACAUAGAGGACAGCCUGGCGGCGUCCUCCAUCUCCCACGCCGGCGGCCCCCAGUCCCCGGCCCGCAGCGCAGAGAACCUGCUCAACGGACACCGCUCCAAGGGCCUGAUAGAGCUGGGCCGCCGCGGCGAGGACACCACCGACUCUCCGGGACAGGGAGCCGGUGCUGCUGCGUUGGGCCCCGAUCCUGGGUCUGGUUCCACCAGGGCCCCCACUCCAUCCACCUCAGCAGCAGCCAAGCAGCGAACGUGCCUGUUCAGGUUGGUGGAGGAUGAAGAGGAGGAAGAGCGGGACCCGUCCCCCCUCCCGACCCAGGUGGUCCUGAGGCGCAAGCCCCAAUCCAUCACCAACCGCCUCACCUCCCGGAAGAGCGCCCCCGUGCUCAACCAGAUCUUCGAGGAGGAGGGGGAGUCGGACGACGACUUUGACAUGGACGAGGGCCUGCCGCCCAAGCUCAGCCGCCUCAAGAUGAACAUGGCCGGUAACGCCGCCGGCGUGGGCUCCGGGGCCGCCUCCUCCUCCUCGUCCCCGGGGCCCACGCAGAAGCGCUACCAUAGGCGCAAGAGUCAGGGCCGGGGGUCGUCGUGCUCCAGCUCCGAGACAAGCGAUGACGACUCGGAGAGCCACCGGCGGCGUCUGGAUAAGGACUCGGGCUUCGGCUACGGCUGGAACAGGAGGGACAGCAGCGAGGGGCCGCCCGGCAGCUCGGGGGGCAACGGGGGAGGCAGCAGCUCUGGGCAGAGCAAGCCUCCCGGAGAAGGAGGGGGGACCUCUGGUCCGGACAGGGGGAGUCCUCCAGGAGGGGGUGGUAAUGGGGGAGAAGGAGGAGGAGGAGGAGGGGGUGGGGGUGGUGGAGGUGGGAGUGGGGGGGGGGGAGGAGGAGGGGGCAGCAAAGGACAGGACAGCCCCUCCAGCUGUUGUAACAACAGUAGCACCACUAGCCCCUCCCUCAGCUCUCUGGCUCGCUCUUCCCGCACGGCGAGCCGCGGCACCGAGCUGGUGGAGAGCCUGAAGCUGAUGAGUCUGUGCCUCAGCUCCCAGCUGCAGCAUCACCGCGCGGGGCGGGGGGGUCGAGGGGGAGGGGGUAAGUUCAUCAUAGACCCUCGCGGCCUCUCAGGAGGGAACGUGAAAAUCCAGGAGAAAUCAGCCUGGAGGAUGUGCAUCGGCUCCACCGGGAGCCUGGACACCAUCACCCUCCCCACCACCGCCGCCCUGCCUCGCACCCACCACCACCACCACCACCCCCCCCAUCACCAUCACCACCACCACCGCAAAACGGCACCGCACGGCAGGGACGCUCACAGCAACCUGAGCGCUCUGAAAAGCGGCGUGCUUCAACUACCUCUGUGCGAGAAGACCAUCUCCGUGAACAUCCAGCGGGGCGGGGGCUCCAGGGACGGCCUGCUCUGUACCUCGGCCCCGGCCAGCUGCUGCCAGGUCAUCUGAAGCCCCGCCCCCUCUCAGUCCCUCUGAAGCCCCGCCCCCUCUCAGUCCCUCUCACGUCGGAUCACUCGCUGUGUUCAGCUGGAGCAGAGCCCGCCUUCACCUUCCUGUUUACGCUUGUUUUUAACUGUUGUCAGUGUGCUUACGACCCUUUUCUUUUGUUUCACGUCUCACCACGUCAGUGCAACUAGUGUGCUGCUUUCAGAACGUAUUGAAAUGACUGAUGGUGAAUAUAAAGGUAGAAGUACACUUCUUUUAGCUGUACUGUGAGGGGGAAAAUGUUUUUAUGAGUUUAAGUCAAUCAUUUGGUGAAAAGGUCAAUAUCACGAGUCAUUUUAGGAGACAACAGUCAAAAUAAUUUCGGAAUAGUUGUAAUUUCACCAAACAUUUUUAAUAUUUAGAGAGAGCCUAAAUGUCAUUUAAAAAAAGUCAUAUUUCUGAUAAAGUUGUAAUUUUGAGGAAAAAGUCAAAAUAUUUCAAGAAUAAAGUCAGAAGAACUUAUUCUCAUAAUAUUGUGACCUUCUUGAAAAGUUAUGACUGAUGACUUUUUACAUUUAUAAUUACAACUUUAUCCCCAAAACACUGCUGUGUUUUCUCAAAAUAGUACAUUUUUAUUGUUAAAAUGUCUUUUUUCCCUCGUAACAGCAGCCCUCAUACUGUAACUACUGUACAGUAGCAGGCAGCUGACCCUCCAUAAGAAACACUCCCCCCC